AUGAAGAGAAUCUUCUUUAACGUCGUUUCUGCUAUCACAGAAUUGAUGUUGGACAUAAAGCAGGAGAAUGUAGACGAAACUGCGGAUUUCUCUCAUUGUGACGAGUCUCCAUCCCCAGGAUCUGAUGACGAGGUGAGUUCUUCUGAAGAGGGGACACAGCGACACCUGGUGGAGAAAGGAAAGAGAACACACCGCUGCUCUGAGUGCAAAAAGACCUUUAGCAGUUUCAGUAAUCUUUUGAAGCAUCAAAGAGUACAUACUGGAGAGAAGCCUUAUAAAUGUAUGCAGUGCGGUAAGACCUUUACCCAGAAAGGAAACCUCAAAAUCCACCAGGUGGUACAUACGAGAGAAAAGCCUCACCAGUGCUUUAAGUGUGGGAAACAGUUCAGUCUGUUGAACACACUUAAAGUGCAUCAGAGAGUACAUACUGGAGAGAAGCCCUUCCAAUGCACUCAGUGUGAUAGGAGUUUUAGUGAGGCAGGCAAUUUUAGAAAACAUCUCAGAACUCAUUCGGGAGAGCGGCCUUACCCGUGUUCUCAGUGCGAGAAGAGUUUCGCCUGUCGAGGAACCCUUCAGUUACACAAGAGGAUACACACGGGUGAAAUGCCUUACCAGUGUGCACAGUGUGGGAAGCGUUUUAGACAAAAAUCUGCCCUGAGAACGCACCUUAAAAUACACACAGGCGAGAAACCUUAUCACUGCACCGAAUGUGGAAAGAGUUAUAAUCGUUCGGGAACUCUUAAAAAACAUAUGCAAGUACAUGCUGGAGUCAGGCGCUUUACGUGCUCCCAGUGUGGGAAAAAAUUCUCCCAGUUGGCACACCUUCAAGUUCACGAGAGAGUGCAUACGAGAGAGAAGCCUUACAAUUGUACACAAUGUGGCAAGAGUUUCACCACCAGUGGACAUUUGAAAAUCCACCAGAGAAUACAUACUGGCGAAAGGCCGUACCACUGCUUUCAGUGUGGGAAGAGUUUUGCUGUGUCUGUGUCAUUAAAAAAGCACCAAAGAACGCACACUGGAGAAAAACCGUACCAUUGUUCUCAGUGCGGUAAGAGAUUCUCAAAAGCAGAGACUUUAAAAACGCAUAUGAGAAUUCACACUGGAGAGAGGCCUUACGAGUGCUCCGACUGUGGGAAGACUUUCAGCGAGUCAGCAAGACUGAAGAUCCAUCAGAGACAACACACUGGAUAUGCACCCUAUUGGUGCACAGACUGUGGGAAGAAUUACACGACGGCAAAGGGUCUUGAAAUUCAUAUUAGGACUCACACUGGAGAAAGGCCUUACCGCUGUACAGAGUGUGGGAAGGAUUUUAGUGAAAUUUGGAAUCUGAAACAACAUCAGAAAAUACACACUGGUGAAAAGCCACAUUGCUGCGCCCAGUGUGGGAAGAGGUUCAUACAUAAAUCAGACCUCACGAUACAUGAAAGGACACACACUGGGGAGAAACCGUAUGAGUGUCCUCACUGUGACAUGAGGUUUACGUGUAAGAGCAACUUAAGACAGCAUCAGCGAAUACACUCGGAAGAAAAGCGCUAUAAAUGUUCUCUUUGUGAUGUAAGUUUUCGUCAGUCGAAAUCUUUGAAGCAUCAUCAGAGAGUCCAUUCAGGUUAA